GAAACAAAGAGGAGGUCAUGCUUUAACAUGAAUGGCAGCAGCCUCCUUUAGAGACAACCUCAGGACUUCCUAACUGAAAAGCCAAGUCUCUAAUUUAAGUAGGAGACAGUAAUUACUCUUCCAGCCAGGAAGAAUGUUAAGUCCCUGCCUAUUUGUAGCCCUGUCUAAAAACAAUCGGCUCAUCUUCCAAACUUGACCAAACUACAAAUGAUGUCGAGGAUGUAAGGAGGGUGGCUUUCACCACGGCUUUGCCAUAGGAUGUGUACAUGGCUCUCCAGGUCAGAGUGGCACCCAGCAAGGUCAUUUGGAGGAACCUUCUCAUAUGUGUCAUCCUUUUCUACACUGUGUACUACGUGGUUCUGGGCGUGUGCUGUGUGAUGCUCAAGGUGUAUGAGUUGGAUGUCCUGGCACCAUUUGAUUUCAAAACAAAUCCUUCAUGGCUCAACACAAAUUAUAAAGUUCUUUUAGUCUCAACAGAGGUCACCUACUUUGUUUGCGGAUUACUUUUCGUUCUGGUAGUGGAAGAGUGGGUUUGGGAUUAUGGUAUUUCAGUAACUAUCCUUCAUGUUGCUAUCACUUCAACUGUUAUGUUGGAAUUCCCCUUGACAUCACAUUGGUGGGCUGCUUUAGGAUUCGGCUUAAUUUCAAUGAUAUGUGGAGGCCAGACUUUAGCAUACUGUUUGUUCAAAGAUAAUUUUAUCUAUCCAGAUCUGGAUGAUUUCUAACAGAACAGCCAAUUCUAUGUUAUUACAUACAUGGUAUCCAAGCUAGAUUGUAUUUUUUCUUCAUACCUAUAUUCAAGGUUGAAUUUAUUCUGGAUGCUUUUUAACUGUAAAAAGAUUAGAUGGUUUUUAACUUUAAAAAGAAACAAGAGAAAUUAAUGGAGAGCAAAAGAAUCCUAGUAAAGAAUUCAUGAGCAACAUAUGCAAAGUCAUAAAUACAGUGUUUCCCAAAGUAUAUUCCAUAGAACCCUAGUUCCAAACAAUGUUACUAAUGCCUUGUAAAGAAAAGUUGCAUGUUUAAGUAUGUUAGUAAAACAGACUUAUUUAUUUUGGACUUCUUAGAAUCUUUAACAUGCUAUUGUGAACACAGCAUCACUAAGUAGGAGUUGAUAACCUCUUGUGCUGUUUCUCAAACAUAUUUGACCAGAGACACAGUCUAGAAAAUGCUAAUAUGUCAUGUGGAAACUGUAACAUAGAAAAAGGCAGAUUUGAAAUUACUGCAAAUCCCUGUAACCGGAAUUAGAUUUUUACUAUUGUCCCACAGUAUCUGUUAGAGCACUUCUUAUGAGAGUAUUGUCUUUUAAAAAUGUUAGUGCCUACAUCUUUCUUUAGAUUAUGGUGUUUUAACAUAAUACUUCUCAAAAUUUAAUGUGUAUUUGAAUCACCUGGAGAUCUGUUACAGUGUGGAUUUGGUUUAGAAGGGCUGGAGUGGAGCAUGAAGUUCUAUAUUCCUAACAAUUACUGGGAAAUGCCUGUUCUGCCAGUCCGCGGACCACACUCUAAGAAGUAAUGUCUCAGCGGUUUGAACAAUGUAUUUUUUAAGGUUGCCUACCUCUGUACUGUCAUCCUAUGGUUUUUAUAUCAUGGUUAUUCAA